AUGAAGUCUGCCCGACGGAGUCUCGACGGGCGACGAGCAGGUUUGAACGAGUGCUCUCCGAGCUGCAGCCGCCCUCUGCCUCGUCCUUCGGUCCCCUGCACCGCACGUUCCAGCGCGCGAACCCAUGGCGAACGGCAAGAUUCCCGAGGAGGACCUCAUGGACGGGCGCGGCGCACCGCGUCCGCGGCGCGCCGCCGCGCCGGAAGACGCGCACUCCCUAGGUACUCGCUGGCCGAGGUCUUCGAGCAGUCGCGGUCCCACAGCGGCUACACCUACGACGACAUCAUCGUGCUGCCCGGCGAGAUCGACUUCGGCGUCGACGCCGUCGCGCUCGAGACCAAGGUGACGAAGAAGAUCGCGCUGAAGACGCCGUUCGUCUCCUCGCCCAUGGACACGGUGACGGAGGCGAACAUGGCCAUCGCGAUCGCGCAGCACGGGGGCCUCGGCGUCAUCCACUACAACAUGCCCGUCGCGGACCAGGUCGCCGAGGUGAAGAAGGUCAAGGCCUACAAGAACGGGUUCAUUUCGGCGCCCGUCGUGAUGGCGCCGGACCAGACGAUCGCCGAGCUCGACGACGUCAAGGAGAAGUACGGCCACUUCGGCAUCCCCAUCACGGUGGACGGCAAGCUCCACUCGAAGCUCGUGGGCAUCGUCACGAAGCGCGACGUCGACUUCGUCGAGGACCGCGAGGGCACGAAGAUCUCUUCGGUGAUGUCGACGGAUUUGGUGGUCGCGACGGAGCCGUGCACGCUCUCGGAGGCCAACGACGUCCUGUCGAAGAACAAGAAGGGCAAGCUGCCCAUCGUCAACGCCAACUACGAGCUCGUGUCGCUCAUCUCGCGCACGGACCUGCGGAAGGCGCGCGACUACCCGCUGUCGUCCGUCGGCGCGGACAAGAGCCUGCUCUGCGGCGCGGCCAUCGGCACGCGGCCCAACGACCGCCUGCGCCUCAAGGAGCUCGUCGACGCCGGUCUGGACGUCGUCGUCCUCGACAGCUCCCAGGGCGACAGCGUCUUCCAGAAGGACAUGGUCAAGUGGAUCAAGGCGACGUUCCCGGGACUGGAGGUCAUCGGCGGCAACGUCGUCACGCGGCUCCAGGCCAAGCACCUCAUCGAGGCCGGCGUCGACGGCCUGCGCGUGGGCAUGGGCGUGGGCUCCAUCUGCACGACGCAGGUCGUCUGCGCGUGCGGGCGCCCGCAGGCGUCCGCGGUCUACAACGUCGCGCGGCUCGCGCGCCAGUACGGCGUGCCCGUCAUCGCCGACGGCGGCGUCGGCAACACGGGCCACAUCAUCAAGGCCUUGAUGUUGGGCGCGUCCUGCGUCAUGAUGGGCUCGAUGCUCGCGGGCACCGACGAGUCGCCGGGCGAGUACUUCUUCCAGGACGGCGCGCGGCUCAAGCGCUACCGGGGCAUGGGCUCCCUCGAGGCCAUGAAGCAGGGCAGCGACAAGCGCUACUUCGCGUCCCAGGCCAAGGUCAAGGUCGCGCAGGGCGUCUCCGGCUCCGUCAUCGACAAGGGGCCGCUCGCGUCCUACAUCCCCUACCUCCGCCAGGGCAUCCAGCACGGCAUGCAGGACGCGGGCGUCAAGGACCUCCCGGGCCUCCUCCUCGCCGCGUCGUCGGGCAAGCUCCGCGUCGAGCUCCGCUCGCCCGCGGCCCAGAAGGAGGGCGGCGUCCACGGCCUCCACUCCUACACCGUCCGCACGCACCAGUCCGCGUAGGCCACCGGCGCGCGUCCCGCGGCCCAAGCCCCGCGGCGCACCCCGGGUAAAAAGAGCGACGGCAGAACGCUCGGGCGUUUUAUUG